CGGAACGUCAAGAACAUUAUUAUUUUUGUAGAUUCUACAUUUUACGAAUAUAUCACGAAAACAGUAUUAUUCAUUUUAAAUCUUUAGGAAAUUUUGCCUUGCUGUAAUUUUACAGUUUCGCGAGGACCCUCAACUAAUUUAACUCCGAAAAUUACCGAUACCGUCUUAGUUUGUACAACUUUUUAUCGGUUUUCCUGUUCUCCAGAAUAAAUCACACGUCCAUGGCAGUUGCGUAGCGUGAAAAAACACCGUGUCAAUUUAAAAAUAGUUAAACUUGUCUCGAGACCUCCACGUUAUUCUAUUUAUGAACGCUGAACGAGUCCUGCGUGAACGCGCCCUGCAAUCAAUUAUCCGUGUGUGUGUUUUACAGAAGAAUAAUGUGUUGUAUGAUGAUGAGGAGGGCGGAUUCAGUUCUCAAAUCAGCUCAUUCUCUCUGUCUGUAAACGCAGCUCACUCUCUCUCUCUCCUGCACAGCGCAGGUUUGUUCCAGUGGAACUAUUUCGUAUUUCAAUGCAUCGCUGACGGAUCUGUUCUGGAUAUUUACUGCAUCACUUUUGCGUGUAAUUUUUGUAAACAUGAAAGUUUGGGUCAGUCUAUUCGUGUUGAUGUUCGUCCGGUCCACAGAGAGCGCACAGAAACAAGACGUGCCGGUGAUAGACAUGUUGAGUUUGGAGGAUGUGAAGCAGACCGUGGCCGCAGUAGAGAAGGUCUCUUUAGCUUUAAAGACUCUCAGUGAUGUGUAUGUGAUGUCUACGUUCCGUCUGCCUCCUAAACUGGGUGGAGUUCUGCUGGGCCUCUACAACAAGCAGGAUAACAAGAAAUACCUGGAGGUUGCCAUCAUGAGCAAGAUUAACAAAGUUCUGGUCCGGUAUGUUCGUGAAGACGGGAAGCUGCACACAGUAAACCUGCAGAGCCCCAAUGUGGCAGACGGACGGCCUCAGUCUGUUAUUCUACGAGUCGGUGGCCUGCGCAGAGACUACCUGAGCCUCGAGCUCUAUGUGAACUGCCGUCUGGCCGACUCCGCCCAGCGGCUGCCUUCAUUGACCUCUUUGCCCAGAGACACUGAGCUGGUGGAGAUACGUAAUGGCUACAAGGCAUACGCUCGGAUGCAGGGUUCAGUGGAGUCCCUUAAACUGGCACUAGGUGGCACUGUUGCCCAGGCUGGAGCUCUCACCGACUGCCCCUUUCAGGGAGACGCCUCUUCUUAUAACAUAGUGAACGGUGAGGUUAAUUCUAUUCUUGGUGACCACACUAAAGCUCUGAUUGGCCAGCUGAUCAUCUUUAAUCAGAUUUUGGGAGAGCUGAGAGAGGACAUCAGAGAACAGGUGAAAGAAAUGUCUCUCGUCAGGAACGCUAUUCUGGAGUGCCAGAUGUGUGGAUUUCAUGAGCCACGUUCGCACUGUCAGCCCAAUCCUUGCUUUAAGGGCGUGGCCUGCAUGGAGACAUUUGAUUUUCCAGGGUACAGCUGUGGCCCCUGUCCGGAGGGAAUGACAGGGAAUGGCACACACUGUAAGGAUAUAGAUGAGUGUGCAGAGGCUCAGCCGUGUUAUACACCAAGCGCAUGUGUCAACACAGCAAAAGGUUUUACCUGUGAGUCCUGCCCACCCGGGCUAUGGGGUCCACCUCUCUCUGGAGUCGGUGUGGAACAUGCUAAGAGUCACCGCCAGGAAUGCUCUGACAUUGAUGAAUGUCUUGAUUUGGCCAACGCCUGCACACCCAACUCCAUCUGCAUCAACACCAUUGGAUCAUAUCGAUGCGGUCAGUGCAAAGUUGGAUAUGUUGGGAAUCAGACAGCUGGAUGUUUUCCUCGGAAUUCGUGCGCUUCGCUCAGUUUCAACCCCUGUGACACUAACGCUCACUGCAUCAUUCAGCGGAACGGCGACGUCACCUGUGCUUGUAAUGUUGGAUGGGCUGGUAAUGGUCACACUUGUGGGAAGGACACAGAUAUUGACGGCUAUCCAGACCGCUCCUUGCCCUGCAUGGACAACGACAAACACUGCAAACAGGACAACUGCGUCUUCACACCCAACUCCGGUCAGGAGGAUGCAGAUAACGAUGGGAUUGGAGACCAGUGUGAUGAGGAUGCUGAUGGAGACGGAAUAAAGAACGUAGAGGAUAACUGUCGGUUGGUGUCCAAUAAAGAUCAGCAGAACUCUGACACAGAUUCAUUCGGUGACGCAUGCGAUAACUGUCCCACCGUUCCCAACAUCGACCAGAAAGAUACUGACAAUAACGGAGAGGGAGACGCUUGCGAUGAAGACAUUGAUGGAGAUGGAAUCCAGAAUGUGCUGGAUAACUGUCCCAAAGUGCCGAACCCAAUGCAAACAGACCGGGACAGAGACGGAGUGGGUGAUGCAUGUGACAGCUGUCCUGAGAUCAGCAACCCCAUGCAGACAGAUGUGGACAAUGACUUAGUCGGGGAUGUUUGUGACACAAACCAAGACACUGAUGGAGACGGACACCAGGACACUCGAGAUAACUGCCCCGACAUUCCAAACAGCUCUCAACUGGACUCGGAUAACGAUGGCAUCGGAGAUGACUGUGACGAAGACGAUGAUAACGACGGGAUCCCGGACAAUUAUGCCAUCAACGGCAUGGGACCCGAUAACUGCAGACUCAUUUCCAACCCCAACCAGAAAGACUCGGACAGUAACGGAGUCGGUGACGUAUGUGAGAAUGACUUUGACAAUGAUGCGGUACUAGAUUUUAUUGACGUGUGCCCAGAAAGUGCUGAAGUCACACUCACAGAUUUCAGAGCCUAUCAGACGGUCAUUCUAGACCCGGAGGGUGACGCUCAGAUCGACCCGAACUGGGUGGUGCUCAAUCAGGGUAUGGAGAUUGUUCAAACCAUGAACAGCGACCCGGGCUUGGCAGUGGGUUACACAGCGUUUAACGGUGUGGACUUCGAGGGAACGUUUCACGUUAACACAGUGACUGAUGACGACUACGCUGGCUUCAUCUUCGGCUAUCAGGAUUCAUCUAGUUUCUAUGUAGUGAUGUGGAAGCAGACCGAACAGACUUACUGGCAGUCGGUCCCUUUCAGGGCCAUGGCUGAACCAAGCCUGCAGCUCAAGGCAGUGAAGUCUCGUACAGGCCCCGGUGAAUUUCUUCGUAAUGCUCUGUGGCACACGGGGCAUACGGAUGGAGAGGUGAAACUGCUGUGGAAAGACCCACGAAAUGUUGGCUGGCAAGAUAAAACCUCGUACCGGUGGCAGCUCAGCCACCGGCCACAGGUCGGCUACAUCAGGGUGAAGCUGUAUGAAGGCACAGAGAUGGUGGCUGACUCAAAUGUUGUGAUUGACACCUCCAUGAGAGGGGGCCGCCUGGGCGUGUUCUGCUUCUCUCAAGAGAACAUCAUUUGGUCCAAUCUGCGCUACCGCUGUAACGAUACUGUUCCAGAGGACUUCAGUUCACACCGUAAACAGGUUCUAAUGCACAUAAAGGUGUGAGAGGAGUGGGAUGCCCUCCGUCUCUCUCUAGACCCCCUGAAACCCAGUGUGGGGCCACUGAACUCCUGUGUACGAGGGGCCAAACAACCAGGACAGAUGAGAGAUUUACCAGUGUCUGUGUCACUCCGGUGGAGGAGACUGAAUGAAAGGAGAGAAAAGACUUUUAUUUUACAUUUUGCGUGUUUGUGUGUCAUUGCGGAGCCGUAUAAUGUGAGUAUGAGAGUGUGUAUGUUUGAAAGUGUGUAUGCAUUAACAAAAUGUCUUAAAUAAAGGGAUGUGAUGUAUUUUCUAAAACACAAUAAAUACCCAGCAGUACUUUUGUUCUAUAAUAUAAAGACAACAGUCAAUUUUAAAAAUGCCAAAAGUGAGUUUAAUGUAUCAAUCUCAAUUCUCCUGUUCUGUAUUUCAUCAAUUAUGAAUAAGAGAUCAGCUGUAUUUCUACACUCAAGCGUAUGUAUGGAAAUAUAAUAAUUUAACAUCAGUUAAAAUAAAACCAUCUCAGCCACUGUGGGGGCAAAUAUCAUA